AUGCUGAAGCCCGGAGAUCCCGGCGGAUCCGCGUUCCUGAAGGUGGAUCCCGCCUAUCUGCAGCACUGGCAGCAGCUUUUCCCGCAGAGCAGCCAGCUCAAAAGCAGCGGGCCCCUCGCCCAGCUCCAGCCACCCGAGAGAGCCGAGCCCCCGGCUGACAGCCUCCGCCAGCGCCCGACCUCCCUCUCCUCCGCCUCCUCCUCUUCCUCGUCCACUCCGUCUUCCUCCUCCACCUCGUCCUGCGUCGCUGCAGCCGCGGCUUCUCUGGCCGGCCUGACCUCCCUGCCUGUGACCCAGGUCCCGGUGUUCGGCCCGCUGCAGAGCUCGGAGCUCCCGGCCGGGGCAGCGCCCGCUCCCCUGCAGGGCAAGGAUUUGUGCGGGGCCGGCGGCGGCAAAUGCGGCGAGCGUGGCCCCGCUCGGUACCGCUGCACGGCCGAGGAACUGGACUACUACCUGUACGGACAGCAGCGCAUGGAGAUCAUCCCCCUGAACCAGCACACCAGCGACCCCAACAACCGAUGCGACAUGUGCGCGGAUAACCGGAACGGCGAGUGCCCGAUGCACGGGCCCCUGCACUCCCUGCGCCGGCUGGUGGGCACCAGCAGCGCCGCCGCCGCCGCCCCGCCGCCCGAGAUCCCCGAGUGGCUGCGGGACCUGCCCCGCGAGGUGUGCCUGUGCACCAGCACCGUGCCCGGCCUGGCCUACGGCAUCUGCGCCGCGCAGCGCAUCCAGCAGGGCACCUGGAUCGGCCCCUUCCAGGGAAUCUUGCUCCUGCCAGAAAAGGUUCAAGCAGGUGCCAUCAGGAACACUCAGCACCUCUGGGAAAUAUAUGACCAAGACGGGACACUGCAGCACUUUAUCGAUGGUGGAGAACCCAGCAAGUCGAGCUGGAUGAGGUACAUCCGAUGUGCCAGGCACUGUGGGGAGCAGAACUUAACCGUGGUUCAGUACAGGUCAAAUAUAUUCUACCGGGCUUGUAUAGAUAUCCCCAGGGGCACUGAGCUGUUAGUGUGGUACAACGACAGCUACACAUCUUUCUUUGGAAUCCCUCUCCAGUGCAUUGCACAAGAUGAAAAUUUGAAUGUCCCUUCGACUGUAAUGGAGGCCAUGUCCAGACAAGACACCCUACCGCCAUUUAAUAAAAGUAGCAAACUAUCCCCUGCCACUCCACAGCGAUCCAUAGUAUUUCCACAGACUCCGUGUAGCCGAAAUUUUUCUCUCCUGGAUAAGUCUGGGUCCAUCGAGUCAGGAUUUAACCAGAUCAGUGUCAAAAACCAACGAGUUCUUGCAAGCCCAACUUCAACAAGCCAACUAAAUUCUGAGUUCAGUGACUGGCAUCUUUGGAAAUGUGGGCAAUGCUUUAAGACUUUCACCCAGCGGAUCCUCUUGCAGAUGCAUGUGUGUACGCAGAACCCUGACAGGCCCUACCAGUGCGGCCACUGCUCGCAGUCCUUCUCGCAGCCCUCGGAGCUGCGGAACCACGUCGUGACGCACUCCAGCGACAGGCCCUUCAAGUGCGGCUACUGCGGGCGCGCCUUCGCCGGGGCCACCACGCUCAACAACCACAUCCGCACGCACACCGGGGAAAAGCCCUUCAAGUGCGAGAGGUGUGAGAGGAGCUUCACACAAGCCACCCAGCUGAGUCGACACCAGAGGAUGCCCAAUGAGUGCAAGCCAAUAACAGAGAGCACAGAAUCAAUUGAAGUGGAUUAA